CAAGGAGCAAGACAGAAGAAUGGCUGCGGCUCUGCCGUUGUGCAGCGACCAGGCGUGGAACGUGUCGGACGUGCUCGACGCCAUGGCGCCGACGCUCUCCACCUCCGAGCACUCGCGCCGCGCGGCGUCCGCCGCGUACGCCGCGGCGGCGCCAUUCCCGCACGCGGCGGCGGACGGCGUGUUCCCUGCGUGCUUGCUGCGCGCAGUGGCGCAGGAACUGCCGCAGAGCAUCGACAAGCACGGCUGCGCGAGGGGUGCGUCCCGCUGCUUCAACGGUGGCGCACGCGAGUUGCACAAGAGCCAGAUCACGAGCGAGCGCGCGAUGGGUGGCGCGACGCGGCUGCUCUUCGCCACGCUGCGCGCUCCGCCCUUCGUCCGCUGGCUCGAGCAGCUGACGGGCAUCGCGAAGCUGCGCCCCGACCCUGGCUAUAGUGGGAGCGGCGUGCACAUCACAGCAACUGGCGGGCGGCUCGGCGUGCAUGCCGACUUCAACCACCUGCCGCGCAAGCCGUCGUGGCACCGCCGCGUGAACACGUUCGUCUACCUGAACGACGAGUGGCCGGAGGCGUACGGAGGGCAUCUCGAGCUGUGGGACCGCAACCUCACCGCCUGCGCCACGCGCGUGCUGCCAACCAUGGGCCGCUUCGUCGCCUUCUCCACCACCGACUUUUCGUACCACGGCCAUCCCGUGCCGCUCGCCGCGCCGCUCGGCCGCGCACGCCGCUCCGUAGCGCUCUACUACUAUACCGUGGGAGUUCGCCCGCCUGCCGAAUGUUUGGAGGGCCGCUGCUCCUCGAUGCACACCACCAUCUUCAAGAGCACGCCGCUGUGCUCGCCCACAGCCAACGCUGCUCCGUCCCUGCCCAGUGGGAACGAGGCUCCGUCCCUGCCCAGUGUGCCGCCGAGGCGCAGCCCGCUCCCCGAGGGCUCGGCUCUCGCUGCGCUGGCGAGCAAGGUCGAGAAGCUUGAGGCCAAGAAGCAAGAUCACCGCCCUCGAGGCUCAGGUCGCACGCGGCUGAAGCGCGGCAAAGGUUGAAGGGUUCUGUGCGUUCUCACAUGUCGGUUCGUGGGACAUGUUACCGCAUGGGCCAUGUGAGUGUCUUGUGAAGCCCGCUGCUCCAAAGGCAGCAACCCCUACUCCCCUUGCAGGUGGCGACAGGCUCCGGCCCUUUCGCCUUUGAUAUGGGUUUGGUCAUGGGACGCGGGUCGCGGCGCGAGGCGUGGGCAGCCGUGAGUGCUACGUACGCGUGCGUGGUACGAAAAUGUUGAAUGUUAAAUGUUAAAUGUGACGUAAUGUAAAAUGUAAUUACCACCUUAUAAAAUAUUUAAGUUCAUG